AUGGAUGAUACUAUUUUUGUUAGAAAGAAACUUACAAGUCCAAUUCAUUUUUUGGAAACUCAAAGAAUUCCAGAAACUAUUCAGUGCCAAUCUCCAAUUCUGAACAAGAAGUGUGGAGCCUCAAAUAAUUCCAAUAAAUUAAACCAUUUCUCACCUCGUGGCCGUAAAGAACUGAAAAGCAUUGAUGACUUAUCUUUCACUUUUGAGCACAAUGAAUUUAGCACUCCAAGGGUUAUUAAAGCGAAUCACAGCCUUGGGCAUAUCCCAGUAAUUAAAAAUCGAUUUAAAACAAGUACAAUGAGAAGUCAAGUGAAAAUGCUGAACAAUAGAAGGAUCUCAGUAAAUCUAUUGCUUGAUCCGUUUCCUAAUUUUUAA